UUUGACCGCUCACUUGGAUUUCUCCUCAGGGUCAGUAACACCUGCUGCUGCUCCGUUAGCUCAGAGAGGAGUGUGUGUGUGUGUGUGUGUGUGGUUGUGUGUGUGUUUUCGUGGAGAAGCAUCAGGAAGAGAUGGCUGCGACCACAGCUCAGCCGAUGAGCAGCCUGCCCAGCGGACUGGGGGUCUGCACCACGGCCCCCGAUAUAUUCUACCUGCCUGAACUGGUGUUCGGGGGCUUGGUGUGGAUCCUGGUGGCCUCCACCCUCAUCACCCCCCCGAAUCCCCUGGGCUGGGUGAUGUUCGUCUCUGUGUUCUGCUUCGUCAUGACCUUCCUCUGGAUGGUCAUCUUCGCUGCUGGAGGGCACAGGAACAGCUCGGGCUGGGCUGCUGCUGACUUUGCGUACCACGGCCUGGCAGCCUUCUUCUACCUCAGUGCCGGGGUGGACUUGGCGUACAUCACCCUCCUGGUGAAACCACUCAACUCAAGAAUCUACCACAUCGACAUCGCUGCUGUGGUGUUCGCCUUCGUAGCUACACUCCUCUACUUCAUCCACACCAUCCUCUCCUCCAUCCGAUGGAAAAACUUCUGAAAAGUAAAUCGCAGACAUGCGUGUCCAAAAAAAGUACUUUGUUUUUGUGUGUGUGUGUGUGUGUGUGUGUGUGUGUGUGUGUUUGUGUGUGUGUGUGUGUGUGUGUGUGUGUGUGUGUGUGUGUGGACAACCUGGGCAGAUUGAAAUGUAAGGUUUCAGGCUCCAUGCUGGGAAAUGUAAUGAGGUUUAAGGAAACAACAUUCAAAAUGAAAGGGAAAUGUGAGAAUUGGAAGCAAAUGCUAUGAAAACAAUUUAAAUGAGUGUCAAUUAUUAAAUGAUUUAAAGUGCUGUCAUUUUGUCAUGCACCACUUCAAUAUAACAUAUAUUUACCUUUUUUUUACCUGUUUAUUACCAUUUAUCAUUUCCAAACCACUGAUAAUUAUUUCACACAAUGUGUUAUGUUUCCUAUUCUUCUUAGAGAAACAUGCAGUAUAUCCUUAGAGGUACUGGGCUGUGGAUUUGUGUUGCCUUUGGACAGUUGCCCACUGUAAACAUGUUUAAUAAAAGCAUUUGAAAUCUU